AUGCCCCAGACAGGAGCUCUGGCUGCCCUGGUGGUGAAGCCUCCUCUGAUGCCUUCCUUCAAGGAAUCCCAUGGGCUGCUCCUGGAAACAGGGAUGCUAGGUGCUCAGUCCACUCAGUACCACCAGGGCCACCUGAUCUUUCCUGAUAAUGGGAGACACUACCAGAGUUGUCAGGUUUGUACAGAAUGUGACUUCCCCUACUGGGCUGCAUUGGUCACCUUCACCAUGGAGCAGCUGAGUUCAGCCAACACCCUCUUCGCCUUGGAGCUGUUCCACACCCUGACUGAGAGCAACCCCACAGGAAAUGUCUUCUUCUCUCCCUUCAGCAAUUCUUCUGCCUUGGCCAUGGUCUUCCUGGGGGCCACAGGCAGCACUGCAGCCCAGCUCUCCAAGAAGUGCCUGGCUUCAACCCAGAAAAUGUAUGGUGCUGACUUGGGCCCUGUGGAUUUUCAGCAUGCCUCUGAGGAUGCCAGGAAGGAGAUAAACCAGUGGAUCAAAAGUCAAACAGAAGGUGAGAGGCUGGGCAAACUGUUGGCUGAUGGUGUGGUAGACAGUAUGACCAAACUUGUGCUAGUAAAUAGCAGCUACUUCAAAAAAAUGUGGGAGGAGAAAUUCAUGAAACGAGACACAAUAGAUGCUCCAUUCCAACUGAACAAGAAAGACAGAAAAACAGUGAAGAUGGUGUAUCAAAGGAAAGAAUUUCCAUUCAGUUACGUUCCAGACCUGGAGUGCAAGAUGCUGGAACUUAGCAUGGUCAUCCUGCUGCCUGAAGACCCUGAGGACAAGUCCAUGGGUCUUAUGGAGUCUAUCAGGUGUUAA